CGUGGCCCCUACAGUGAUCUGCCUUCCAACAUGGAUUCGACACAAAUCAUGUACGCCCUGCUCAUCGCGAUGCCGCUUCUGAUCUUCAUCCACAGAAGGUCGAACCCUCUGUAUUCAAUUCCUGCUGUCGGUGUUUCGGCCCCCUUACUAUCAUACAUCGGAGCAUACAAGUUCACUCGAAAUGCACGUGAAUUGCUGCAAGAAGGAUACGAGAAGCACAAAGGCUCCGUCUUCAGAAUCCCCAUGAUGGAUCGCUGGGUUGUAAUUUUCUGCGGUGCGAAAAUGAACGAAGAGCUGCGCAAACUCCCAGAUGACGAGAUGUCCUUCUUGGAUGCUGCGGAAGAAUUGGUACAGACGAAGUACACGAUCGCCGCGGAAGUCAUCGACCACCCGAUCCACAUAUCGGUGAUUCGCGGUCCACUCACGCGUAACCUUGCCGUUGUCCUUCCAGACGUCGUGGAUGAAAUUGGUGUGGCAAUGGAAGAGCUGAUCCCGAUUAAGGGUGACGAAUGGGUGACUGUACCAGGACUUUCCACCAUGAGACAGAUCGUUUGUCGUGCAAGUAGCCGCGUGUUCGUCGGCUUUCCCUUCUGUCGCAACAAGGAGUACCUGGAUAUAGCGUUGAACUUCACCGCUGACGUUGGAAAGGGACGGGCUAUCCUGACUGUCACCCCGACGAUCCUUAAGCCUCUGGUCGGUCGUUUGCUGCCAUGGUCACGAAGGGCUAUUCGACAAUUCUCCACGAUGGUGAAGCCUGCCAUAGAGGAGCGCAUCAAGCAGCUGGAGGAGCACGGGAGGGACUGGGGUGAUAAGCCUAAUAAUUUUAUGACGUGGCUGGUGGAGGAAGCAAUGGCCGCUGGCAAGACCAUCGAUCUGGUCGUACAAGCUCUUUUAUCUUCCAAUUUCGUUGCGAUACAUACAUCAUCUACAAGCAUAACCCAUGCCUUAUUCCACCUAGCGGCCAAUCCUGAACACAUACAUCCUCUUCGGGAGGAAGUCGAAAGCGUCCUCAAGACGGAAGGAUGGACGAAGAUUGCCUUGGGCAAGAUGUGGAAGCUGGAUAGCUUCAUGCGGGAAUCCCAGAGAAUGAACGGAAUCGGAUGCAUCUCGAUUAUCCGCAAAGCAUUAAAGGACGUAACAUUGUCCGAUGGGACUGUCAUUCCGGCUGGCACAAUUGUCGGGUCAGCUGCAGACGCUACGCACUAUGACGAUGAAAGCUACGACCUACCUUACGACUUCAAGCCGUAUCGGUUCUCUGACAUGCGAGCAGACGAGAGCGACCGUAUCAAGCACCAGUACGUCAGCACGUCGCCCGAAUACAUAUCGUUCGGCCACGGGAAACAUGCGUGCCCAGGGCGAUUCUUUGCUGCGAAUGAGCUGAAGGCGGUGCUUGCAUAUAUUAUCCUGAAUUACGACGUGAAGUUCGGGGGUGACGGUACACGGCCGAGCAACCGCUGGUUCGGUACUUCAGUGGUCCCGGAGCCUACGGCGGAGGUGAUGUUCCGCAAACGCCAGCAGAAUACCGCAGUGUAAGUUAGGCUAUUGUCAGCGGCUUUUGAUGCGGGUUCUCGUUUAUAUCUACAAAGCUCGGAAACGCAUAGACGCACGAAUGAAAUGAACUGGUCCCCUGGUGUAUCAUAAGCAGAUUCCUUUCGCUGGUGGAGUUUUUUAUGUACUCAUACUGGCACAAUCAGCUGAUGUCCAGAUGUCCGUGCCUCAUCUUGCCAAGUUUGAGAUGCAGAUGUUCAGAUCGUUUGAUCAUAGACCUUUCAUGCGAACGACAGUGCAAGCUGGCUGCCAGACAAUACAUUUUACAGAGAAUACUGCUAUCGUAACACUCAAAACAUUGUUGC